UGGGCCAGUUUCCCAGACACAGAUAAAGCCUAGUGCUAAACUAAGAAUCACUUUCAAUGGAGAUUAGGUUGAGCAUGUUUUUUAGUCCAAGACUAGGCCUAAUAUUUGUUCCAAAAAAUAGCGCUAUGUGUUAUUAGUUAAAGUUAUAGACCUAAUUGGUAAGGGGUCUCUGUUAGAUCUGUCCCCUGUGACUCAUUUGCCAAGGGAUGGAUAGUGGGCCUAAUACUUUACAAUUCAAGCACAUUUCAAAGUGGAUAAAAAGCUACAUUAAUUAAUGUUUAUGGGUCUGGUUCUUAUCAUUUAUUGCUCUCAUCCACCAAGGAUAUGUGCGUGUCUGUUAUUCAAAUUAGGCUUCAUGACUAAUUUAAAAACGUGCUCUGCAAUUUCAAGGCGCCUGUCUCCAGUAUAUGGACAGCUAGACCACGCAAGCGCUGCGCGGGCAGGCCGCCUGCUCUCAAAUUACAGCGCAUUCCUAGAGUCUACCAAAUACCCAUCUAGUCCCAGAAAGAGGACUUUUACUGUGAAAUAACCUUCUCCGAAACGCACGGGUCCCUCGGGAGUGAGGGCUGCUUGUGAUAUAUGCCUAUGCUCCACUAAAGCAAAACUGUGGGUUGGGAUUUCUUCUGGAGAAGUAGGCUACCACGGAAGUUUGAAGCCACUGAAACGUACUUAAGUAUUGUAAUUUGCGAGAUUUAUUGUUACCUUUAUUAAUGCCAAAGUACCCUACAAUGAUGACAACUGCAAUGUAGCCUAUAGAAGGAGAUUAAACAUAGCUGAAUUCAAAUGAUCAAGUGAUAGUCUAUUGAAAAAGCACUGUGGAGAAACCGGAGAUUUUACGCACGCUGCUUCUUCAGAACCAAUGCUGUCUAGUCUUCAAUAAAGUUUGUGUAACCAUAUCUACAUGGUGUCGCCGGACGUGUUUGCACUAUAAUAAACGCUGUAAACUUUCCUUGUGGAAUGCACCCGAGUGGGGAAAACGAUGGCCUUGAGAGUGUGGUCCAAGAUCUGCUGCAAGAGGUGGGCAGUGUGGGCCUUCCUCCUCCUCUUUACCCUGUCUGUGGUGAUGAUCAACACCCUCCCCUUCCCCCCCUCUGAGACAKGCAGGCUGCCCUCACGAGGCCUGAGCUCUGCUGGAGCCGYAGGGUAUAGAGCGAGYGCUAGACCCAGGGAAAGGGCCWCAUUGGCCCCUCACRACCAKCACCAUCUUCCUCUACCCCUCAACGGUCARAGUGGAGGUUGGAAYCAGAGUGACAAAGUCAAAGAGUCCUCKAAGCAUCACCUGGUSAWGGKCCAGCCCAAACUGGAUAGGYGAGCAGCUAGCAUGACAGAUGAGAGAACUCACAACAACUACAAGAAGAAUCGUAAAACUAAGGGCAUCGCCUCCAAAAGGAAAAAGAAGAAAGAGAUGAUGCCAAGUUCUAGUAGAGAGAAACAACAUGAUAUCCAGCCAUUGACAGUCAAUGCUGUGCUAAUAAGGCAUGAUGGAAGCCAUCUAACCAACUACAGUGGUUCAGAGCUCUCCACCCAGCCACCACCUCUUCCCAGACAAGGGAACCUCCACCCAGCCGUGACCCAGACUGUAGCGCACAGCCAGAGCCGCCCUUCUACUGCCGCCCUUCUACUACUCGGCCUGUCUGACUCUGAGCACAAAUGUACUCCAGAUGAACAGAGGCAGGACCAGGGGCACACCAGGCAGACAGGGCAGGCAGGGAAAGCAGGGAGGAAGAACCUAACCAAGCAGCAGGCUGUGAAAAAGGUCCCCAGAGAACUCAGGAAACGUGACAGACAGCCUUCGUCUGGGCGUAAAAUGACCCGGCCCACAGCGGAAACAGCAGCAGAGGCAGAGAAAGGGAGUGAGGGGGAGGCCCACUGGUGUAAGAUGUCAGCUGGAGAGAGGGAGUUCCCAGACACUGACACACGGAGAAUAAGGACUGAGGACAUUGCCUCUGUGCCAUGGCUCAGCAAGGACGAUAUUCACAAGAUGGAGUUCCUCUCGGGCAGCGAGGUUAUCAAUAAGGCCAGGGUCCCAGCCCACGGACAGGUCCUCCAUGUAGGGCUGGGUGCCCCUCAUCAUCCCCCUUCUCCUGGGGCUCCAUUGGCUGACCACAGUGGGCACUGCCAACAGGGUCUGUGUGCCCUGAUCAAACGUCCAGACGACUGGUUCGAAGUCUUCGCUUUCCAUUUAGACCGUGUUCUCGGCUUGAACAGGAGUCUUCCCACAGUGUUCAGGGCCUUCCACAGUGACAUCUUGCCUUAUAAAUACACCAGAGGGGCAGCCAGACCCGUGGUGUGGUGGGACCCAGGCAUCCAGCACCUGGCUGAUGAUGACAAUGACCAGAACUCGUUCCCUCUCACCUGGCCCCAGUACCAGAGCCUGCUGAGGGCCAGGUGUGGCAGUGGCAGCGGCAUGGCCCUCAACGAGACCCCCUGUGUGGGGGUUCACCAUGCGGAGUGGGGGCGCCUGGCACUCUUUGACUUCCUCCUACAGGUGAAUGAUCGUCUGGACCGGUACUGCUGCGGUUUCCAGCCUGACCCAGCAGAACCAUGUGUGGAGAACCUGCUACAUACCAAGUGCAGGAACUCAAAGGAUCUAAUGCUGGUGCACAUCCUGGUGAGGAGGGUAGAGCCUACCAGACUGGUGUUUAUAGACAAUGCAGGCAGGCCAAAUCAUCCCCAUGACAACCUCAACUUCCGCUUAGUAGAGGGCAUCGAUGAGUUUCCAGAGAGAGCCGUAUCAGUUCUCCAGUCUGGCUGCUUGGAGAGCAUGCUCCUGAGCUCCCUGUAUAUGGACAAGGAAUUCUGGGAGAGCCGAGGGGGGGCACGUGGCCUGAAACCUCUCAUCCACACUGUUGAGCAGAGAGGGAGAAUUCUGCUGCAGCACAUCCACGACAAGAGACUGAGACUGAACAGGGAUUUAUGAAUCCAAUGGCCCAGAAGGCACCUAGCAGCACAUUCAUUUCAUCCAGGCAGACGUGGAAGCCUCCUCAAGGUCCCAGCCAGCCUAAAGACACAGGGUGUGUCUUAAAUGGCACCCUAUUCCCUAUAUAGUGCACUACAUAUGACCACAGCCCUUCAUUGUCUAUAACACCCUACGGGCCCUGGUCAAAGGUAGUGCACUAUAUAGGGAAGAGGGUGCUCUUUGGGCCACAGAUACAGUAUCCCGUUCCAUGCUGGUUGUGGUUCCCAUCCAUGUUGUAUCCAUACAUCUUGCCAACAUCCCUCAAGCCAAGCAAAUUAUGUUAUUGAAAUUGCACCGUCUUCUUCCCUGCCUGUUCAUGAGGUGAGUUUUGUAUUUUCUAAUAAAAAAUUGCAGAUUGAAAGAUGUAUUUAAUGUCUGUUAUAUGAGAUAAGCGUUUGGCUGUAAUCUUAAAAUGAAAGAUUUUAGAUCAAUGAAUAGCUUCUGAACUGGAUCCAGGCUUCUUGUCGAUAAGAAAAUACCAAACCUUUUAUAAGAUUGUGCUCCUAAGACAAUGAUGAGGAAACCCUCUCAAUUGGGUUAAAGGAACACAAUUAUUAUUAUUAUUAUUGCUGAACAUUGGACUUAUUGCCUAUGUUCCAGGACAUUUAGACAAUGUUGACUCCACGCCAAUUAAUGAACAAUGGACAAUAUAUUGAAGUGACCUACAGACUGGGGUUGCUUCCUUGUGGGGAUACAGCACAUUGCAUUCCUAUGGGCUAAACUGUUUAGGAUAGAUGGCCAGUCCUAUAGGCUUUGACACAAUUCAUUUAUUUAACAUGUUUUUCUAUGUUUAAGGUAAUUUAAACCAUAUUGAUAAUACCAAUUAGGAUAUUUUACUGUUUAGGCUUGCAUGUAUGUUGUUAUAUUUAGCCUACUUACUGACUCAAGACAUUUCAGCUUUUCAUUUUUAAUUCAUUUGUAAAAAAUUCUAAAAACAUUA